UUUUUAGGACAUAAAACUUUAUUUUCAGUACAAAACAUGCCCGUUUGAUAGCUUGUAAGGAAUAUAAUAUAGUGUUAAGUAUGUCACAAACUAGUUUUCGUGUUACAAUGAAUCGGUGUCAUAGUGUUGUGUACCUUGUGUGUAUCCUUAUUUUAUUUGUGCUGACAAAGGACUGUGUUGAAGCCCACGGACUGAGAAACCCCGCCUCAGAGUUCAGCCGGCACAGUCUAGUCCGCCCUACUCUGCAUCAUGCAAGGACCAGGAGAGAGAUUACAACCACUCGGCAUACGGACGGCCACCACCCGGAGGUGACAAUGUCAGUAAACAUAGACGACGAAGACUACGUAUUGGACUUGCGGCUCAACGAAGACCUGGUGACGGAAGGCCAUAUUAUCCAGUACCAGGAGAACGGGAAGACUGUACAGAAGACGCCUAGUAGAGAGGAGUUGGAUAUAUGUCAGUAUUUAGGCACGGUGAGAGACAAGGAGAACUCAUGGGUGGCACUUUCAACCUGUCACGGCGUCAGAGGUGUUAUAUUUGAUGGAAAGAAGAUGAAGCACAUUGAGCCUGCGCAAGAUAACGAAAUAACAUCCCAGCACUACAUUUAUGAUCACGGAGAUCUGAAGCAGAAGUUCCAUUGCGGUUUUAGCAGCGGCGUGACCAAUAACACUAAUUACGACCCUUUGCUUUUAAGUAAAUAUGUCGCACAGAAUGAGAGGGAUAAGAGUAGGAUUAGUCGGUACAAACGAGACACAUCAGUAGAAACGAAAGUCCUGGGACCGUACAACGCGAACGAGAACUCUCGAUAUGUAGAGCUGGUACUGGUGGUUGAUCACAGAGAGUACCAGGCCAAUGGGGGAAGCUUGCGACUUGUUCACAGUCAGAUGAAAGACGUCGCCAAUAUUAUCAAUUCUGUAUACGCGCCCUUGAACAUCUUUAUAGCGCUAGUCGGCGUAGUGGUAUGGACAGAACGUGACGAGAUCCCGUUGGUGGAGAACGGUGACACCACGCUCAAUCACUUUCUCGAUUAUCGCAAAAUGAGACUGUUGGUCGAUAUACCCAAUGACAAUGCGCAUUUGCUCACUAACCAAAAAUUCUUAGAUGGCGUCGUGGGUAAAGCGUUGAAAGGUCCAAUAUGCACGUAUGAAUUUUCCGGCGGAGUAGCGACAAAUCAUUCUUCUGUUAUUGGUUUAGUCGCGACCACAAUCGCGCACGAGAUGGGUCACAAUUUCGGCAUGGAACACGAUUCUGAGAAGGAGUGCGUUUGUCCCGAUGAAAAAUGCAUAAUGAGCCCUUCGAGUACUUCUGUGGUUCCGAUUAAUUGGUCUUCGUGUAGUAAGAAGUCGUUGGCGCUCGCUUUUGAGCGGGGAAUGGAUUAUUGUUUACGAAACAAGCCAAAGCGUCUAUUUGAUUCACCGACAUGCGGCAACGGCUUCGUGGAAGAAGGCGAAGAGUGUGACUGCGGGAUGAUGGCGGACAAGAAACAAUGGAACGCGUGCCAAGGGUGUUGCGACGCAGACGCUUGCACGCUAAGACGAAAUGCUACUUGUGCUUCAGGCUUGUGUUGUGACCUUGAGACGUGUCGUCCUAAGUCAGCGGGUACGCUUUGUCGCUCGGCCUACAAAGAGUGCGAUCUGCCAGAGUUCUGCACGGGAUACUCUGAGUAUUGUCCCAACGAUGUUCAUAAGAUGGACACCGUUCCCUGCGGGAAAAAUCAGGAGACGUACUGCAUGCAUGGUUCCUGCCGCUCACGUACGGACCAGUGCCGGUUGCUAUGGGGCCCCACCGGCGAGGAGUCUCACGAGAAGUGUUACUACGGAAACAACAUUAAGGGUAACCAAACCGGCAACUGCGGCUACGAUCGCAUGCGGCAAAUAUACAGGAAGUGCUCCCCCGAAGACGCUAUGUGCGGCAUGCUGCACUGCAGACAUCUCAACGAGAGACUAGAGUUCGGAAUGGAGAACGUCGCUACUCUAUCGGCCGUAUUUAUCAACAACAAUGGUAAAACUUCUUAUGAAAUUUGUGGUGGUACGAUAAUUCCCUGCCGAACAGCUUUGAUAGACCUAGGCCUGGGCGAUAUCGAUCCAGGGCUAGUUCCGGAUGGGGCCAAGUGUGGAGAUCAUAAGAUGUGCUACAAACAGCGCUGCGUGCCAAUAAAACAAGUGCGCGACAGCAUAGCCGCUAUGGAGAAUUCUGAAUGCCCAUCUGAUUGCAGCGGCCACGGCGUUUGUAACUCCAAAGGACAUUGCCACUGCGACGUGGGUUUUUCUCCUCCGUCGUGCGAGUUGCCCGGCCCUGGCGGAUCCUUCGACUCUGGUCCAGCAACUGAUCCUAGCGUGCAAAGGAACUUCAUGAUAACGAUGUACAUAAUAUUCCUCGGGAUUAUACCAUCAAUUCUUCUCAUCAUGUUCCUGUUGUACUACUCGCGCCACAACGUUCUACCAUUCUGGAAACGACCAAGAAAAUCAGUCCAAUCACCUAAAAAGGCAAGUAUACCUCGACGCCUGUCCCGCAGUGCAAGUAAAUUUGCCGCUAACUUCCAAAAUAACUCUCAAGGUAACCCUCCACCUGUUAACGUUCACACUCUUUCCAACCCUGAUGACAUGAGCUCAAGCCUCCUUCGAAGCGAUUCUGAACAUAGUCCAUCAGGCAACAUCAACCCUUCAACCAAUUUCUUCGGAAACUUUAAAGGCUUCUCCUUAACUCCUGUUGAAAAAUCGCAACAGCAAAAAGAGGAUGGAGCACCUGUUAUUGACAAAAAUGCCGUCAAGACUAUCGCAGAUAGUAUAGCAAGCAAAAGCGCAAAAAUAACUCCAGUACAUAGAAGUAGUAGUAACGCUCAAACUGUUAUUAGUCAAGGAGCUCUGAAACCUGUUUUGAGGUCAGCACCUCCGUUGCCUGUCGUACCUAAGACAUCUAAAGUGAGUCCAAGAUCAAGCCCUUCAGUCAAAAGAACUAAUAGCACCGUUCAAGACAGAAUUAAAGCGUUUAUGAACACGGAAAAGGCUGAAAAUUUACCACCUAUUAUUGCCAAUCCACCUCCAAGACCAGUCAUAUCGAGUCCUAUUCUCGAAGCUUCCACAUGCACUGCUAAAGAAUUGAUAUCACCUUUGCAAGGUUCCAAAACUCUUGGCCCAAUAAGACCUGCUCCAACUGUGCCGUCAGAUUCGCCCGACAUGCCAAAACGGCCUCUAAGUAUGCAUUCUGCUGGUAAUUUUCCCCAAAAACCAUUGCCUGAAGAACCUAAGAAAGUGAAAGAAGGCAUCUCAUUAAACAGAAUAGCUUCGUUUUUAAAACAGGAGAAACCAAAGGAAAAGGCACGUAAUCCCGUAGAAAGAAGCCACUCUUUACCGAAAAAUCCAAUUCAUCAAGUAAAGAUUCCAAAAACUGACAAAGGAGGCUUAAGAAAUUUGCCAAUCUCAAACCCGAUUUUGCAAAAACAAAUCGAAUUACCGGUUAACACAGUGCCUGUUGUUUCUGAUUCGGAAGACGGAGAUGAAACUAAGUCUUUUGUGAAUAGAGCUCAAAGUAUGAGAGCACCUACAACACAAAAGCCUGUGUUACAAAGUUUUGCUUCCAUGAGACAGGCCCCUGGAGUUCCGAGACCAGUUUCAGUAGUAGGAAGACCGACUGCUCCUCCACCACCGUUACCCAACGAUACACCAGUCUAUCAACACCCAAAACCGCUAUCUGAAAUUAAAUCUUCAGACUAUGUUGACUGUAUUGAAGAAAAGCAAGCUCCAUUAGCGCACAUAGAUGAAGAGUCUAGUGAUAAUAUUUACGCAAUUAUUGAAGAAAGCCCACAAAAGGUUUCAAAACCCUUACCUGGUGAAACUCAACCGUUAAAGACUAUCCACCAAUCGACUCCCGAAGGCUACAAUACUCCUAAACCUCUUUCUUUAACUUCUGGAAGUACGGAAAGCGUGGGUUUAUUAGGAGAGAUUGUAAAUGAGAUACAGAAUCGAAACUUCGACUCUAUUUAUUCGACAUCAACGCUUGCUAGAAAGAAAAAAGCUAUGGCUGAAAAUCGGGACAGCACUUAUAUGAAUGCGGAUCAUUAUAGAACUCCAGAAAGUGUUUAUAGUAACACUGGAGCGAAAUCCAAUGUCUCUACGACUAGCAGUGGCUAUUUACACCCUUCUGCUGUAAAUGUUCCUACUUACCUGAAUAAGCCAGACAAUGUGAAACAAGAAGAGAAGACACCGCCGUCGCCUACUGCCAAAGCCAAUACUAAAAUCCCUACUAUGAACAAGCAAGUUACGCCUCCCCUGAUAAAUAGACAAAUAACUCCACCAGGUCUGAAAACGACUACUUUUAGAAAUGUACCGCAGUCACCGAAAAAUACACCUAAAAAUGUGAAUAUAACACCUAAACUAGCUAACAGCCCCGAUGUAGUUUCGAGCUGUGCUGUUGAAACUAAAAACGUGAAACCUCCAGAUGUGAUAAAUAACAAUAAAGUCAACGAUGCGCCGAAAGUGGCAACUAAACCUAACAUAACAAACAAACUUAGUGAUAAUAGACCUCCGUUAAGACCCGCUCCUGCAGUUGAGAAAAAACCAAGUUUAAAAGUAACAACAUCCAUAAAACCAGUUACAAAUUCGAACACAAGUCUGAACAAAGUAACAGAUAAAACAUCAGCCUUAAAAAGUACCAAUUCGAAAACAGACAGUAAUGUUAAAGCUAUAGCUGAUAAUUUAAAUAAGAACAAACCGAAAGUGGUACCGAAACCUAGUGCGAUUGUACAAAGAACUGAUUCAAAUGUGAAAUCGAUUGGAGCAAAAUUAACGUCGAAACCUUCCAAUGUUGCAAGUUUACAGCAAAAGUUUGAAAAUAGGAAAUCCAUUGGUAAAGAAAUAAGUACGACGAAAAAAUAGUACACUGCCUCGAACAUAAUGAAAAUUACGAGUUUUAGGAGACUAUUCUUUCAUUCAAAGAUAAAAAAUCGUAUUCGACUCUCACACUAAUAUUUGUGUUAGCUCGAGAGAAAUAUUUGAAAAUGAAUACCUGGUAGUUGUAAUUAGAAGAAGAUGAUACACAUAUUUCUAGUCGAUAAUAUAUGACAGUAUAACAAAUAUAUUAUAGGAUUUUCCCCUUCCUUUCCUUGCAGAUUAUAGACCAUUUUUCCCAUUGUCCGAAAAUCAUAUUGACGGUUGUAAGGAACAAGAGGCUAGACGACAUUUUUGAAAUGAUCAGGGAGCGUUUUAAAGUUUGCAAAUUCAGGAAUUAAAUCAUUAAAAAAUCGCCAAUGUAGCCAACUUUAAUCUACUGUUUUAGAAGUAUUCGGAAUAUCCCGGCUGGUUCCGAAAUGUACUUAUAUAAAACACUUUUUCGACUUAGGUAUCGCUAACCCUUUUAACCUUCCAACCGUUGCUAAAGACAAUUUAACUGAUUUUUUUGGAAAUAAAAGAUUUUUUACACAAACGAUAUUAAUAUAUUUAAAGAUUACUAGACAAUGCCAAAAAAAAAAAACAAAUCCGAACCA